ACAAGUCCCAGAAGGCCGUGCGACCUCAGCAGCGGGUGCUUCAGUUCCCAGGGCGACACAUCUGGCAGGAACUGGGGCCCUGGCGGCCUCGGGGGUCCCACAGUGGCCACCGCGUUCUGCACAUUGCUUUCGGUGUCCUCCUUCUUACCCUGAGGCCUCCGUCAUGAAGGAUUCGCUGGUGCUGCGGAGCCGCGUCCAGGCACACCCGGACUCCCGCUGCUGGUUUCUGGCCUGGAACCCCACGGGGACCCUGCUGGCCUCGUGCGGCGGCGACCGUAAAAUCCGCAUCUGGGGCACCGAGGGUGACAGCUGGGUUUGCAAGUCUGUCCUUUCUGAAGGCCACCAGCGCACUGUUCGGAAAGUGGCAUGGUCCCCCUGUGGAAACUACCUGGCCUCUGCCAGCUUUGAUGCUGUCACUUGUAUUUGGAAGAAGAACCAGGAUGACUUUGAGUGUGUAACCACUCUUGAGGGUCACGAAAAUGAGGUCAAGUCAGUGGCUUGGGCACCGUCUGGCAACCUCUUGGCUACCUGCAGCAGAGAUAAGAGUGUGUGGGUCUGGGAAGUUGACGAAGAGGAUGAGUAUGAGUGUGUCAGUGUCCUCAACUCUCACACACAGGACGUCAAACACGUGGUUUGGCACCCGAGCCAGGAGCUUUUAGCGUCCGCCAGCUAUGACGACACAGUGAAGUUGUACCGGGAAGAAGGAGAUGACUGGGUCUGCUGUGCCACCCUUGAAGGUCAUGAGUCCACUGUAUGGAGCUUGGCCUUCGACCCCAGUGGCCAGCGGCUGGCAUCUUGCAGUGAUGACCGUACUGUGCGCAUUUGGCGCCAAUAUCUACCAGGCAAUGAACAAGGGGUGGCAUGCAGUGGCUCUGACCCCAGCUGGAAGUGUGUCUGCACUUUGUCAGGCUUCCACACCAGGACCAUCUAUGACGUUGCUUGGUGUCAGCUGACAGGGGCCCUGGCUACAGCUUGUGGAGACGAUGCCAUCCGAGUGUUUGAGGAGGAUCCCGGCUCAGAUCCACAGCAGCCCACCUUCUCUCUGACAGCUCAUAUGCGCCAGGCGCACUCCCAGGAUGUCAACUGUGUGGCUUGGAAUCCCAAGGAACCAGGGCUCCUGGCCUCUUGUAGUGAUGAUGGGGAGGUGGCCUUCUGGGAGUAUCACCAACCUGCAGGCCUCUGAACUGUAGUGUGACUUGCCAAGACUUUCCUAGUCAUCGAGAGGACCUGAAGGAUCCUUGAUCUACAUUUAGCUUUAUGCCUUGUUUGGAUGUGUAGAAGCCACAGGACCAUUCACUGUUUCCCUUCAUUGGUGUGAGGGAGCCAUGGGACAGAAGUAUGUUGUACUACAAUUUUUGCUUGAUUUAGGGCAUGGGGUUACAUUUUGGGGUAAAUAUAGUAUUUAUAAUCAUGAUGUAUGUACACGGAAGAAUGUGUCUGAGAGCUUUCUGAAAUUGUGAGCUUUAUAGAAAUAAUCCACCUGUGCCACACUUCCUGUUUUGUAAAUAAGGUCAUUUAUCAUUUAUAAUUCCGCUAUUUGAAGUAGGUCCCACUUUCCCAAUUUCUAGAGAAGUUCUUGCAUUUAAGACAUUCUAGCUAGUUGUGGCAUCUUCCUAGUACUCAAUUAGCAAAGACAGAAUGAUCAGAAGCUCAAGGUUAUCUUUGGCUACACAGCAAGUUUGAAGCUAGCCUGGGAUAUUGAAGCAAAAAGACGUUCAAAGUUUGUUCAGAGUAAAGGAACACCACUGUUCUUCCUUAGAAACCCUCAUAUGCCUCGAGACAUUAUGCUGUGGUAGCAACUAAAGCCCCCGAAAGAGAACUGGUUUUCAGUGAGGGGCAGAAAACAUUAAGACAAUAGCUUGUGGCCCUCUAAAAAAAAAAACAGCAGGCUGGGUGUGGUGGCACAUACCUAUAAUCCACUACUCAAGAGGCAGACCAACCUGAUCUACAAAAUGACAGCCAGGAAGACAGAGGCCUGUCUCAAAAAAAGAAAAGAAAAAAGUAAAAGACGAUUGUGUGUGCUGCCAAUCUGGUGUUUUUCAGGCUAAAGCCUUUUAAGGCCUUUUUUGUUUUAGUGAGUUUGUUGCUGUUGUUUAAGACAGGGUUUCUCUGUGUAGUCCUAGCUGUCUUGGAAGUUACUCUGCAGAACAGGCUGGCCUCACAAAAAGAUCUGCCUGCUUCUGCCUCCCGAGUGCUGGGAUUAAAAGUGUGUAUCACCACCACCACCAAGCCUAAUAAGCCUUUUAAAGAGUGGUGAGGAUUGUCUACAAAGCUGGAGCCUUCACUUAAUUUUUGAUACUGUACAAUUUGACCUUAGAUAACUUUUGAGAGACAGCAGAAGCAGUAUUCAAAGCAGUAGUGGCUACAGUCAUCAGCAGCUACCUGGGAGUCUUAGGACCCUUAAAGGGUCAACACUAUAACAUGGUAAAGCAGUGGCACCAGUUAAAUAGCCAUCAGUCUUCACUGUCUUGUUCCCACAAUAGGAAUGAAGCCAGCUUCUUAGACAAGAAAGAUGAAAUUGAGUAGUGAACUUUGUGGGUAUCUGGAGAGUUGUGGAAUUUCAUGGGUCAGUCUCCAAGUGAACCAUGUACUGAUGUAGGUGGUCAUUUGGAGAGUAUUACAUUCAGAGAGUGACUCUAAGAUAGGGCAGUGAGUUUAAUAGUACAAGAUGCAUGGGUGCAGCUGUAGACCCUAGAUUGCCUUUAGGAAACUUCCACGGUUAUGUGAAAACCCUUCUCUUUUCUCUGAAGCUAUUAACUCGACCACAUUAUAGACAGUACAGAAGUGGCUAAAGAUCCUAACUGGCUUCCAUUAAGUGAUUGCAACACUGUAUCAUGAUGCUCUUCCCAGAAUUUAUUUUUUCCUAAAAUAUGUUAAUGAAGUUAUUUUGAAAUGGA